AUGAUGCUUCAAGGGGGCUCGGUUUCUUUUAUAGCCACCACCGGUGAUGUCUUCAGACCUGGUAAUAGAGCGGUUUUCGGUGAGUCACCGAACUAUGUGGUGACUCACCCCAUAGAUGCGACGUGCACGGCUGGAGUUGAACUCUCUAGAGCCCUUGGUUUGAACUUGGCAGCAGCUGAAACGGAGUGGAGUGGCGGCAAAAGCAACGGCGGCCGCGUGGCCCUAGGGGGCUCGGUGGCUUUUAUAGCCACCACCGGUGAUGUCUUCGGACCGGGUAAUAGAGCGGUUUUCAGUGAGUCACUAAACUAUGUGGUGACUCACCCCAUAGCUGCGACGUGGACGGUUAGAGUUGAACUCUCUAGAGCCCUUGGUUUGAACGUGGCAGCGGCUGAAAUGGAGUGGAGCGGCGACAAAAGCAACGGCGGCGGCGUGGCCCUAGGUUUGCAUCAGACAUCUCUUCGGGAGUUGACCAGCCUUGGUAUUAAAAAUGCAGAAAAUAUUGCAAUUCCAAGUGUUCGAAAUGAUGCAGCAUUCCUUUUCACAGUAGUUGGGACAACAGGGUUUUUGGGAGUUCUUGCUGGCCAACUUCCUGGGGAUUGGGGCUUCUUUGUACCAUAUUUAAUCGGGAGCAUUUCGUUGAUAGUGCUGGCAGUGGGGAGCAUUUCGCCUGGGCUUCUUCAAGCUGCCAUUGGAGGCUUUUCCACAUUCUUCCCUGAUUACCAAGAAAGGAUUGCUAGACAUGAAGCAGCUCAUUUUUUAAUUGGCUAUUUGUUGGGUCUUCCUAUCCUGGGGUAUUCACUAGAUAUUGGUAAGGAACAUGUCAAUCUCAUCGAUGAAAAGCUGGAAAAACUUAUAUAUAGCGGACAACUUGAUGCUAAGCAGCUCGACAGGUUGGCGGUGGUUGCAAUGGCUGGACUUGCUGCAGAGGGUUUGAAAUAUGAAAAAGUGGUGGGUCAAUCAGCUGAUCUUUUCACUCUCCAGAGAUUCAUAAACAGGAGCCAACCAAAACUCAGCAAUGAUCAGCAGCAAAAUUUAACUAGAUGGGCAGUUCUGUUCGCUGGAUCCCUGUUGAAAAACAACAAGGAGAUCCAUGAAGCUUUGAUGUCGGCAAUGUCGAAGAAAGCCACUGUAUUGGAAUGCAUCCAAGCAAUUGAGAAUGCUGCAUAGGUUUUGCCUUGCAGUUCCCUGUAGUAUUUUGCUUUCAAGUAC